AUGGCAAGACCAACCAAACAACAACCACCGCCCAAUCCUCUCACCCCGAAUCCUCCCAUCCUGCCACCAGCCCCAGCCCCAGCCCAAAACCUGACCCUUCAAGAGCAACUUCCCUCUUACUCCCCCAGGAAGACACGUUCCCAAACCAGACUGGCCAAUGCCCCCCUCCACGCCCUCGCCUGCAACCACUCAACCAAAAAGACAAAGCACUUUGCCCAACCCAUCCUGAAUCCACCACCCUCCAACCCGCCAAACCCGGAGAAUGUGAAUGCAGUUGAAGAUGACAGUGGUAUAGCUGAUCUCGCACUAGAAGUGGGUAAUCUCGCGUUAGUGAACAACGGGACUGCAAUCACAGCUACUGGAGACGUUUCUAGCAGGGCUGGGUCCGACACAAGAGCUAGGGUGAAAGGAGGGGCUUGUGGAGGGAGGGGAUUUCGUGGCACCGUUGAGAAACUGAAUGGGGAGUUGAAGGGAGCCCAACAAGGGGUCGGGAAAGGGAGGGGGAGAGGCCAGAAGAAAGAAGAGCGAGAGGAAGAGCAAAAGCAGAUUGCCGAGCUCCUGACACUACAUGACUCCACGUCUUCUCAUGAAACUGAUCCUGGUGCCGAAGCCGAAGCCGAAGCCGACGAUGAAGAGGAAUCCGAAGACAAGAUGACCGACAAUACCACCAACAACCAGUCCAAUUUCAGAGCCAAAUCUAAAUCCAAGGCCAUCCUAAACUCCAACUCCCACUCCACAUCUACCUCACACAACUCUAACACACUACCCUCGUCUUCAACAAGCCGCAUGCAGGGAACAGACACGGGUGACGAAGAGGGAAAUACGAGGGUCAUCAGGUCUACUAGAUCCACUAUGGCUCCUCUGACUACAGGAGUCAAGAGAGCAACCAGAGUGAAGAGCAACCAGAGCGACGAGUAG